AUGGCUAAAGCUACUGCUUCUGCAACUGAUGUUAACCAAGCAAAAUCUCUGGCUAUUUCAUUUAUAAAUUCAAAUAAAGGAAAACCAUUACUACUAGCCGAUGAAUAUGUUUUCAAAUUGAAUAAAAAUACUACUACUACUAAGUAUUGGAUAUGUACGCUGAAUGGAUGUUCAGCUAAGGUGCAUACCGAUCUAAAUAGUCAAUUUAUUAAAAUUGUUGGUGAUCAUAAUCAUUUUCCAGAAAAAGAACAACUGGAGGUUCGAGAAUUUCGAGAAAAAGUUAAGCAGCGAGCAAUUCAUGAAACAACACCAAUUCCCCGCAUUUAUUAUGAAGAAUGCGCUAAAGCAAUGCGUUCAAAUGCAACAAUAGCUGCCUUACCUAGUGAACGUGAAAUGAGUAGUGGAAUUAAUAAGGCGCGUCGAGCUAUAACACCUACAAUCCCAACGGCUCAACUAUUUGAAAUUCCUGAUCUUUAUUCAAAAACGCUGAGCAAAAAUAGUUUUUUAGUUGUUGAUAAGAUGAUUACUAGACGACAACGUAUACUUCUAUUUUCAUCAAGUGAACAACUAAAAAUGCUAUUUGGUGCUGAAACAAUACUUAUGGAUGGUACGUUUUCUACUUGUCCAAACAUGUUCGAUCAAGUAUAUACGAUCCAUGUGAUAAAAUAUGAUCAAUCUUUUCCUUGCGUCUUUAGCUUAUUAUCAAAUCGGCAGAAAAAUACGUACCAUUUCAUGUUUAAUGAGUUGAAAUUAAUAGCUGCACAAAUGCAACUGAAUUUCACUCCGAAAGUGAUCAUGAGCGAUUUCGAACAAGGGCUAUUAGCUGUAGUGAAAGUCGAACUUGUUACAGCAACCCAUUCAUCUUGCUAUUUUCAUUUUACCCAAGUGAUCUAUCGAGCAAUACAACGUGUUGGUUUGUCAACGACCUAUAAUGAUGAUGAUGACAUUAAACAAUGUUGUCGAAAAUUGAUGACUCUUCCAUUACUACCGGAAGCCAUUAUUGAAGAUACCUAUGAUGAACUACUUGCAGUAAUGUCAACACAACUGAAAGACACACUGCACAAUUUAUUAGAAUAUUUUCAAGAACAGUGGCCUAAACAAGCUAAAACAAUUGCAAUUCAACGUCGUAUAGAUACUCUUGAUAAACGAUAUUAUGAUGGGGCUAUGAAUGCUAUGGAAUAUUUAGAUGGUCUAUCAUUUACAGUUGCUAAGCGAAAAAAAUGA